UGCGAGGAGCGCCCGCCGCUCGGCGGCGCCGCCAAGGGCGCCUUCAGGUUCUGCGUGUGCAGCCGCGCGCUGGAGGUGGGCGAGCAGGGCGUGCGCCUCGGCGCCCUCUCCAUAGUGCUGCACAACAGCCCCGAGUACCAGCUGCUGGCGACGCCCCGGCACGUGUUCCUGGUGCCCGCCGCCAGCGGCUCCACCACCGUCGGCAAGUUCCUGCUGGUCUGGCAYGGCGAGGAGGCCGCGCUCACCGUGAGCGCCCCCGCGGCGGGCCUCGUCCUCAGCAAGGCGCUGCGCCCCGGCGGGCAGUCGGACUUCAGGAAGCUCCUGCUYGGCUUUGUGGGGCUGCUCUCCACGCUGGCGCCGCUGGACAUUCACACGUGUGCCCUGUCCAACGGCGGGGGGCUGCUGCUGGUGAGCACGCAGGGCUCCGUGAAUGUGGUGGAGCCAGACGGGACGCAAAGGCAUGUCUUUGACCUGGAGGGAGGCCCUUUGGCCCAAGGAGAUGUCGUGCAGCUGAAGACCUUUGGUAACGUGCUGGCCUGCGUGUCAGCCGGCGUCCUGUACCUCGUUGACCAGAACAGUGGAAGGCUCAUAGAAAAGAAAAUCCUCAACAUGAAAAUAGUGCAUUUCCUGGAGUCCCCGGGAGAGGAGGACAGCAUCCAGCUCCUCACUCCAACAGGGAUCUACGGCUUCAGCCUCUCCGUCCCCGAGGACAGCAACAGGCCUGAACCGUGCCUGGUGGAGAUGGUGUUUGAGGAGGCCUGCAGAUACUACCAGAGGAGGAGCCUCAGCAGCUCCAAGCUGACAGUGGAGAAGCUCAAGAAAGGUGGCACCUUCCAGGCUCCCGUGGCGCUUGCUGCCAUCCUGCAGCACAGCCUCUGCCAGAAGCAGAAGCCAGGCCGAGGCCUCCAGGACACUUACGCCAAGCUCUUGAACACGAUGAGCGAGGAGCUGCAGAGCUACCUGAGCCUGGAGCUCCUCAAGACCUGCGUGGUGGGUGCCCCGGAGACUGAGGUGGAAAGCUACUGCGAGGAGCUGGUGGAGCAGGAGAUCAGCCGCGUUCUCCACUCGGACAUUGACAAGGAUAACUUGGCCUACCUGAACUCUGUCUUCACCUCCUUCCCCAAGGCUGCCUGGAAGGCCACGAGGGGCUGCCUGCAGUUGCAGCAGAAUGGGGACGGCCGCUUGGUAGCCAGGGCCACCCCGGAGGUGUGGAAGAAGGUGGUGGGAGGGCCGCAGCAGGACGAGGUGGGGCUCAAUGGGGUGCUCCCGCUCUUUGAGCUCAUCUGCGCCUCCUUCCUGCGGUUCAAGCCCAAGUGGCUGCCCGGCUUUGUUGAGCUGACCCAGGAGUGCGUGAGCGUCUCCUGGGCGUAUAGCAGCAAGGAGGGCCYGGAGGGCCGUGUGCCCCUCUACAAGAGAGCGCUGGGCGUCCUGGCCAGGAAGAACAAGCGCGGCGAGGCCGAUGAUGAGAUGGAGCUUGAGCUGCUGCUCUGCAGCAAGAGGCCCAAGGCUGUGCUGCAGGCCGUGCGCCUUCUCCUGCAGCUGAAGCGCUGGCAGGAGGUGGUGGAGGUGGCRGAGAAGUUCUCCCAGGUCAGCCCCUUGCUCAACAAGGAGAUAUUCACCACGCUGCUGGCCGAGUUUGCCCAGCACCGAGCGCUGGACCCCUAUCUGGACAGGCUGUGGCCGCUGUGCCCCGCUGAGCUGACCGCCUCGGACAUCCUCAGCAUCGUCCUGCAGCACCUGCCGCCCUCCCAGGAGGACCCAGUGCCCUUCUCCAGCGAGGGCGGCCAGCUGACGGUGGGCUUGCUCAAGCCGCUCCUGCAGAGGGUUGUGCAGCGUCCCAGCGUGCAGGACGAGGUGUACGGGGACGCUCUGCAGAGCCCCACMUUCCCGCCUCCCGCCCCGCGCCGCGAGCACCGGAGCCUUCCCACGGCAGCGCCCGCUGACGCCCCUCAGCCCCCCGUGCCCGGGACUGCCUCUCCCUCGGCGCUGGCGCAGGGUGACGCUGCGUGACRUGACGCGGGGAAGCACGGCCGCGUCCCCAGGCUGCGGGGGCAGCUCCGGGGACACUCCCUUGCACUACCCGGGAACACAGAAUCCGGCUCCGUUGGAGGCCCCCCCGUGGCAGCGGCUCAGUCURGGGGUGCCAACACAUCCCUGCGCAGCCGUGGCAGGCGGGCGCCGUCCCUGCCUGCGUGCCGUCGGGGGAGCAAAUGCUGCUGCAUUUGCAGAGGAAAGCACUGGCCACGCUGGACCAAGAAUGUCCGCUGGCCCAAAGCACCUUGUCUUUUGUUUGCUUGGCUCCUUUAUAACUUCACUUUUCCUUUCCUGAUCCUUUYGAAGAGAUGUUGGAGGGAUGGGCAGAGACACAGGCUCCCCAGCCUAUUCCCUGCUCUGUGGGUGGGGUAAUGCCUCCACGCCCUGCCUGGGAGAGACUGGACAGGUUUUUUGGGGUUUUUUGUUUGUUUUUCAGUGAGGCCACCCAGCCCUGCUGGGCUGUAAGUUGCUGCCUGUCAGCGUGGAGCCACGUUCAGCUCCGUGGCGCUGCGUGUCCCAGCAGCUGCAGCCUCCGCGUGCUGUCUCGCUGUGAUUCCUCUGGGAUCAAUCCCGUAGCUGCGACUGAUUACAGCUACUUAGCUAAAGAGAGCAGCCUAAUUCCCUUAUCUUUCUGUCCCAGCCCCUACCCAAACUCUUCCGAGCCGAGAAGCUGGCAGCAGCCUGUGCAGGCUUGGGGCUGGCCCUGCCUCUCCCCUUCCUUUGUGGAAGCUUAGAUUGUGCUGCAGGACGCCUGGGCCCUCUGCUCCCAUCUCUUCUACCUUUGCCCUUUGCACACAAAGGGGCUUUGUCAGGGUUUUCUGGCUCAUAUUGUGCCUCUGUUUGCAAAGUCAGUGUAACAUGAGUGUCGUCGUGUGGGAAGAUCCAGGUUCCAGCCUCUCCCCGGGACUCACUGCCUGUUCCUGCCUCCCUGGGGAGAGUCCCGGCUGUGGCUUUGCCUCUGCA